AUGCGUCUAUACCUGUCACUGUGUGUGAGGGGAGAAGGGCAGGACCUGCUCGUCUUUACAGUCUCGGCAGCUGGCGCCGAGGUGUUGGGUAAAGGGAAGACGUCUGAAUUCGAGCCGUGUUGCUCUGCGGGUUUCCCUCUUGUCCAAACACGGGUCCUUGGCUCCGGUCCUCAGCAGGGGAGAGCAGCCUCCUGCUGUGCCCCUCCGAGAGCGCCCUUGCCCGGGGUGCGGGGGAAGAUGGGUGCUCUUGCCUUUGCUGCAAGGCUGAAGGAGGGGGGUCGUCGUUCAAUUUGCGGUUGGACCCCCUCGUGCUCGCGUCAGUUCUUUCUGUCGGUAUCUCCGUCGCACCUCGCAGCCAGGGAAGCGGUGUCGGAGGAGGAGCUGUCCGCGGUGCUGACGGUGCUGUCCGCGGAGACAGCGCGGGAAGCCUCCUGCAGACCACGAAUAUUAACGCUGAAUGAGAGGGCAAUCAGGCGAGGCGAGGCACCUCGAAAUUCUGCAACACUUUUGUAUACAGAUUUUCUAGCACAUGCGUUUUGUGCACGAGGAAAGAAAUUCGACUACACCAGUCAAAGAGAUAUGAGCAAGCAGGUUGUUAACAGCCCUGAAACCGCUGCUUCUGGACCCAGUGAAGGAGCGGGCGUUGUAAGAAUCAGCCCCGAAAAUGAGUCGCAGAAUGCCCCAUCGCAAGCCGCGGCCGCGACGGCCAGGCUUCCCCAAUCUCUCUCUAACGACCACAAAACCCUUCCCUCCGAAGAAGCUAAACCAAAUGAUUUCGAGAGGACCAAAGUUGGGAUCUGCAAACUCAGCAGUACCCCGGUACAAGCCAACUCCACCCUUCGGAGGGAAUCUGUGGAAACCUUUCCAUGCAAGCACGCCGCUGGGCCAGGGGCCGCCGGGCAAGCUGCUAUCCCUCACUGCAAAAUUCCCGCUUUACAAAGCACAGUCGGGGACGCCAAUCUAACCCUUGGGAAGAGCACACUGGAGCAAAACAACGCCAAAGGCGCCUGGGUGACCUUGAGUCAGAGUACCGUGGUACUGGGCACAGACGGCAACACUUCCGUCCUUCCUGGCAGAGUGGAGGGGGAAGACGAUGUAGGGGAUGAAAAUAAAGCCCGAGGGAACUGGUCUAGCAAGCUGGAUUUCAUUCUCUCCAUGGUGGGUUAUGCAGUGGGGCUGGGCAAUGUCUGGAGGUUCCCGUACCUGGCCUUUAAGAAUGGGGGAGGUGCGUUUCUCAUCCCCUAUUUGAUGAUGCUGGCUCUAGCCGGGAUCCCUAUUUUCUUCCUGGAAGUCUCCCUGGGGCAGUUCGCUAGCCAGGGGCCCGUGUCUGUCUGGAAAGCCAUUCCCGCCUUGCAAGGCUGUGGCAUUGCAAUGCUGAUCAUCUCCGUUCUGAUAGCCAUAUAUUACAAUAUUAUUCUGUGCUACACACUUUUCUACCUUUUUGCGUCCUUUGUACCUGUGCUACCUUGGGCUUCCUGUAACAACCCAUGGAACACGCCAGACUGUAAAGAUAAAAACAAACUUUUGUUAGAUUCCUGCAUUAUUGGUGACCACCCAAAAAUACAAAUCAAGAACUCUACUUUCUGUAUGAGUGCCUAUCCAAACUUGACUAUGGUUAACUUCACCAGUGAGGGAAACAAAACUUUUGUCAGUGGAAGUGAAGAAUACUUCAAGUACUUUGUAUUGAAGAUUUCGGCAGGGAUUGAAUAUCCUGGUGAGAUUAGAUGGCCCUUGGCACUGUCUCUUUUCCUAGCUUGGGUGAUUGUAUAUGCCUCCCUAGCUAAAGGAAUCAAGUCAUCAGGAAAAGUGGUGUACUUUACAGCUACAUUCCCUUAUGUAGUUCUUAUCAUCCUACUUAUAAGAGGAGUAACUCUACCUGGAGCUGGAGCUGGAAUCUGGUACUUCAUCACGCCAAAGUGGGAAAAGCUAAUUGAUGCUAUG